AUGGAAGGACCCGGGGAGGAAGAGGAAGGUGAAUAUUUAAGAGCUUGGCCGGGGUCUGAGCUGAGUAUUUCAAUUCAGCAUCUACAGCUCACUAAGCACUACAGCUCUCUCUCCCCAAACACUCCCUCCGAGUUCUUCCCUGCCCCUGCCCGUCUCUACAACAAGCAGAGCCUCAGCUUCUUGGCCUGCAUAAGCAUUCCCUUGGCGACAACGCCAGAUCCAUUCACUACACAGACCCCCUCAACACACAAUGGACAUCGACAGCUCCUCCGCCCCUCGCCCCGAACGCGCCGACUCCCCCCCCGUGCCCGCCGCCCCGAAUACGAAGCCAGCUACACUCUAACCGGCCACACCCUCGCCGUCUCCGCCAUCAAGUUCUCCCCCGACGGCAAAUGGCUCGCCAGCAGCUCCGCCGACAAGACACUCAAGAUCUGGCACGCCAAAACCGGCAAAUACGAACAAACCUUCCACGGGCACCUCGCCGGCAUCUCCGACCUCGACUGGUCUCCGGACUCCCUCACCCUCGUCUCCGGCAGCGACGACAAGACCAUCCGCCUCUGGGACGUGCAGGCCUGCAAAUCCAUCAAGCUCCUGCGCGGCCACCACAACGCAAUCUACUCUGUGUCGUUCUCGCCGCGCGGCAACAUUGUCGCGAGCGGGUCGUACGACGAGGCCGUGCGGCUGUGGGACAUCCGCUCCGGGCGCUGCAUGAAGACGCUGCCCGCGCACAGCGACCCCGUGAGCGGCGUGCACUUUAAUCGCGAUGGCACGCUGAUUGUCAGCUGCUCGCACGAUGGGCUGAUACGCGUGUGGGAUGUGAGCACGGGGCAGUGUUUGAGGACGAUUGUGGAGGAGGAUAAUGCCCCGGUCAUGGGGGUGAGGUUUAGCCCGAAUGGGAAGUAUUUGGUGGCGGGGACGCUGGAUAGUUGUGUGAGGCUGUGGGAUUAUCAUAGGGGCAAGUGUCUGAAGACGUAUAUGGGCCAUAGGAAUGAGAAGUAUAGUAUUACGCCGGCGUUUGUGGUGGGCGGUGGGGGGAGCUUUGUGAUCGCGGGCUCGGAGGACUCGGACGUGUAUCUGUGGGAUGUGCAGAGCAAGGACGUGGUGCAGAUCCUAAUCGGCCAUGACGACGUCGUUCUCGGUGUUGCGGCCCAUCCCACGGAGAAUAUUGUGGCCAGCUGCGGCCUGGACCGGACUAUCAGGAUAUGGAUUGACGAGAGCUGCUGA